AUGGAUGAGAUCGCCCCCGAGUACGAUGUCGUGGUCCUUGGAACAGGUCUGACGGAAUGUGUGCUUUCUGGUGUGUUGAGUGUCAAAGGCAAGAAGGUGUUGCAUAUUGACCGUAAUGAUCACUAUGGAGGAGAGGCAGCUUCAGUAAACAUUGAGACUCUCUUCAAGAAGUACGGCAACUACAACAAGGGGGAAGAACCAUGGAAAAAAUAUGGGCGCGUCAACGACUGGAACAUUGAUCUCGUACCUAAACUUCUCAUGUCCUCGGGCGAACUUACGAACAUCCUCGUUUCUACCGAUGUCACUCGAUACCUCGAAUUUAAACAGGUUGCUGGCAGCUAUGUUCAACAAGGCGCUGGUCCAAAGGCUACAGUCGCGAAAGUGCCUUCUGAUGCCGGUGAGGCCUUGAGAUCUUCGCUGAUGGGUAUCUUUGAAAAAAGGAGGAUGAAGUCGUUUAUUGAGUGGGUUGGUACCUUCAAUCUAGGAGAUUCUGCAAGUCACAAGGGAUUGUCUAUGGGCACAUGCACCAUGAAGGAUGUCUACGACAAAUUCGGACUUGAGGCUACAACCCGAGACUUUAUUGGCCACGCCAUGGCUCUUUACCAGACUGAUGCAUAUCUAACGGAGAAGGGAGGAGCACCAGCUGCCAUCGAAAGAAUCCGUCUUUACGGAAACUCUGUCUCGAGAUAUGGCAAAUCUCCAUAUAUCUACCCUCUCUACGGCCUUGGAGAGCUUCCUCAAGGUUUUGCUCGUCUCUCCGCUAUCUACGGUGGAACUUACAUGCUCAAUACCAAUAUUGAUGAUUUUAUUUAUGAUGGAUCUAAGGUUGUGGGCAUUAAAGCAACAAUGCAAGAUAGAGGUGGAGAUGAGCCAAUGAAGUUCGAGACCAAGUGCAAGAAGAUUCUUGCGGAUCCUUCUUACUUCCCUGGUAAGGUUCAAGUCACUGGCCAGUUAUUGAAGGCGAUCUGCAUCUUGAAUCACCCAAUUGCGGGAACCGACAACUCUGAUUCCUGCCAAUUGAUCAUUCCCCAGUCUCAAGUAGGACGAAAGAACGAUAUCUACAUUGCGGUUGUUUCAAGUGCCCACAGCGUAUGCCCCAAGGGUUAUUACAUUGCCAUCGUCUCGACGAUUGCCGAAACUUCCGCAAACCACCACUUGGAGCUCGCGCCUGGUAUCGAACGUCUCGGUAAGAUUGAGGAGAAGUUUAUGGGUCCGCCAAUUCCAUUGUACGAGCCUCUCGAGAGUGGUCAAAAUGACAACAUCUUCAUCUCCAAGUCCUACGAUGCUACCAGUCACUUCGAAACCACUACCGAUGAUGUCCGGGACAUCUACCAACGUGCCGAGGGACACCCGCUUGUCGUUGAGGGUCUGAGGGAGGGAACGAACUUGGUUGGUGAAGACUAG